ACUGACACGUAAAUGCGAUGUUUUUUAUUUGUUAUAUUCCUGUUGACAUGCUGUUAUCAGGCUGGGAGGGGAGAACAUGCCCAGACCUGUACUUGAACCCAGAACCCUCUUGCUCUGAGGCGAUGGCACUAACCACUAAACCACUGCACUGCCUGACUGGAUUGGGAGUGAGAGUCACAGCAUAACACACUGUGGAGUAACUCAUCCCAAAUGUGUGGUUUAAAAAUGAGUCUACUGCUGUCUUUACAGGACACGACCAGCAGGAGUCACUGAAGUCUACGUUUUAAUUCUUUCACAGAGGAAACGGGCUGUCCAUCUGCUGUCUUUCAUGGGUCAUUCUGGGAAUGAAGUCAUCAGCUUGAAGAAAACAAAAUUCAGAUAAAGCAGUUCAGGUGAGUUUGUGUUGAACUCCGGUUUGCUCAACCUGCAGGUGAAUCAUGGCGUCACUUUCAAGUUCUACCUUCAUUGAUUGGAGAAGCGCAGAUUCAGCACAAUGGUGGAAAGUAUCUACGUACUGUAGUAAAGUACAGUUUUGAGGUACUUAUUCUUUACAUGAGUAUUUCCAUUCCAUGCAGCUUACUUUUACUGCUCUACAUUUCAGAGGUAAAUAUAGUACUUUUUACUCCACUACAUCUGUGGAAAAUGUGACAAAGCUGGAUACAAACAUGACAAUCUGACGGCAUAUGAAACCCUGCUGUGGAUGAAAGCAGCCAACAGGACAGAAGGGAGUUCAGAUGAGCUGAAACAGGAAUAUUCAUCCAAACACAUGGGCUAGACUCACCAUAGGCUCAUAGUACUUAGCCUAUUUACUUCUGUAGGCCUAACUAAGGGUUUGGAUGCAGGUAUUUCACCAGUGCGGUAUUAGUAGGCUACUAGACCUAUAUAGUUCUUCCAACAACACACCCAGGUCCAGGAUUCAGGACCAGAGGCCACAACAAAGGCGUGAGGUGUUAUUCCACCUUUAAGCCUCUUAGUGCCUGUAAGUCUGCCUUCCUGCCAGCCCGCCUGCAGCAUCCUGCACGACCGCAGUCGACUUGAAACGGACCGUGAUGAUUUAAUCCUUCCGUGGAAAAGGUUAGCUCGUCUUCGGCUCUCUCUGGUUUGUCACCCUGCCAAACAGACCGAGAGGACCACGAACUGAAACCUUGGACGCCAUGGAGGAGCUUCUGUUACCGAGCGGCGAGGAGGAGGCGCGCUCCGACCACAGUUCGUAUGUCCCGGGAGACACAGAGAGGACCAUGGGGGACCGAGUGAGGACCUUCUUCCAGGUGACGGUGAAGGAGGACAUGAGGAGGAACAUCAGGGACUUCUGUAAGAGGAACGGGCUGCUGACGCUGUCGGUCAUCGCUGUGCUCACCGGCUGCACGCUGGGCUUCAUGCUGAGAGGAACUCAGCUGUCCACACAGGCAAAGAUCUACUUCUCUUUUCCUGGAGAGCUGCUGAUGAGGAUGCUGAAGAUGCUCAUCCUUCCUCUCAUCACGUCCAGCUUGAUGUCUGGUCUGUCGUCGAUGGAGUCGAAGGCGUGCUGUCGCAUGGGCGUCCUGACCGUCACCUACUACCUGUGGACCACCUUCAUCGCCGUGGUGGUCGGCAUCGUGCUCGUCAUCAUCAUCAAACCCGGCGUUGGGACUGAGGUGGAAAGUAACCGGCUCGGAGGGGGGCCCGUCAUGACCUCGGCCGACGCCCUGCUCGACCUCAUCAGGAACAUGGUUCCAUCUAAUCUGAUCGAAGCUACGUUUCAGCAGUACAAAACAGACCUGGUGCCCAUCCUCAAAGUCCCGACCAGAACCAUCCAGCCCAACUUUGUCUACGUGGUCCCUGAUGAGAGUGACCCUAAAGGUCGGACGGUGUUCCUGGAGCUGACCCCGCCUCCCGAGGUCAUGUACAAGACGAGUCCCGGCAGCAGCCAGCAGAUGAAUGUCCUUGGCAUCGUCAUCUUCUCCGCCACCAUGGGUCUGCUGCUGGGCAGGAUGGGAGAGCGAGGAGCCCCACUGGUCAACGUCUGUCAGUGUAUCAACGAGUGCGUCAUGAAGAUCAUCAACGCUGCUGUCUGGUACUUUCCAUUUGGGAUCAUCUUCCUGGUGGCGGGGAAGAUCCUGGACAUGCAGGACCCGAGCACGCUGGGGAAGAAGCUGGGCUGGUACGGCGUCACGGUGCUCGCAGGCCUCUUCGUCCACGGACUCAUCCUCCUCCCUUUCUUCUACUUCGUCCUCACCAGGAAGAACCCCUUCAUCUACAUCCGUGGACUGCUGCAGGCCAUGGUUAUCGCCCUGGCUACCUCCUCCAGGUCAGAGUCCAGGACAGUCCAGUUUGACCCACUGGUCAGUGUGUUCAGGCAUUUAUUGAAGAUCUCAUUGUCUCUUCUCAGCUCUGCCACGCUGCCCAUCACCAUGAAGUGUUUGCUGGAGAACUGCCAUGUCGACCGACAGAUUGCCCGCUUCGUCCUGCCCGUGGGUGCCACGAUCAACAUGGAUGGCACGGCGCUGUACGAGGCCGUGGCGGCCAUUUUUAUUGCUCAGGUUAAUGACUAUGAGCUGGACUUUGGCCAGUUGGUCACCAUCAGCAUCACAGCUACUGCUGCCAGCAUCGGUGCAGCAGGGAUUCCUCAGGCCGGUCUGGUUACCAUGGUGAUCGUCCUGACAUCAGUAGGCCUGCCGCCAGAUGACAUCACACUCAUCGUGGCCAUCGAUUGGAUUCUCGACAGGUUUCGGACCAUGAUCAAUGUUCUGGGCGAUGCUCUGGCAGCGGGAAUCAUCGGCCACCUCUGUCGGAAAGAUUUCCCACUCAGUGGAGCAGGAAAGCCUGUACCGUCAUACGGUACGCAAACUCCUCACGGCAACUCCCACAGCGUCGACGUGCCAAUGACGGAAAUCCACACGCACAAAGACUGCAUGUUUGAGACGAUGGGUGACUCAGCGGGUGAGAGGCACGCACACACUGUUUACUACAACAUCUGUCAGGUGUGACCAGAACGGAGCAGCUCAUGUUCAAAUCACCAUGAGUCCGCUCACGUCUUACCGGAGCAGAGCCCAGCUGGACUCUUCCUCUUCUUAACAGGAUGGCAAACUGAGCAGCAGCAACUGCUUCAGUUUAUUUUCAGUCACAGGAACUGCGCUUUGUUUGGCCGAAAGUGGACUUGAACUUCAUUUGGUGCUUUGUUCUCCUGCUCACCGAUGCCAGUGACAACAAAAUCUCAGAGGGUACCAUGAACAUGACGUCAUGUUGACUCACCAUCAGUGCUCACUAGUAAGCUAGCCUGAAUUAAUAAGAACGUGGCUGAUCAUCAAUCGAGGGAAGUCGAGGCAGCAUCUCUGGUAGCCAUUGAAGAACAGGAUGAACUGGAGCCUGAUCUGCCCCACAGGAUUAUGGGUACAUGACGCAUCUGCAGGUUCAUCAUCCGGUCUGACUGCACCACCUGGACAACAGAGCCACCUCAACACUUGCACAGAGAAAGCUAUGUCAUCUACCAGUUCAAAACAAGGGACCUCUUAGUGACUUGAUAGUAUUUUCACUCUAAGGAAAGUCAGCUAUUAAUAAGCCGAAACAAGGCUGCCUGAACUGACGCAAAGGUUUGACACUGAGAGGCGUCACGGAGAUGAAGUAAGUGUGGGCCGUAAUGAGCACAGUCCAGUCCAUCUUUUGUGUUAGCCCCGUAAUGUGGUAACCCUGGUUACCAUGGCCCAUCCGCGGGCCGGGUCCCAAACCUUAACACCACCAUAGUACAGUAUGUCACAUAUGCAUGGGGCUUCUGAGCCUGGCCUCUGCGCUUAAAUAUUUUGGUGUGAAAAUGAUUCAUACUUACCAAAGUUUUGGAAUUGGUCCAGUGGAGCUGGGACUCGGUGCGAUGGCUCCAGUGAAGUCCUCUGGGUCAACUGACCAAUUACACACCAAAUGUAAAUAUGGGACCCAAGUUUGAAAUUUCCCUUUAAAACUAGCUUAUUUGCUAGCAAGUAAUUGGUUCUAGUUUGUUUGUUUUUUAUUUUAACAAAAGAGGAAGAUGGACGCCACCUGUGAGCUCUCUGUCUGAUGCUCACAACAGUCUUCAACACACCUUUGGCUGAACUCUGUAUUUGAUUGGCUGCUGCUCACAGGUGCCUGUGCUCAGACCGGUUGAAGGGUUAAAGGAUAAUCCGUCCAGUCUGAUGGCCGAAUGAAUCCAAGUGCUCUUCAUCUUCAUCGCUCAACCUUCCUCUUUUUCUUCCACUGUCUCAUUUAUGUGACAGCAUGCUGGCAUGCGUUUUAACUGGCUUCAUUUGAAGUCCUUGUGCAUUAUUUUCUUCCUGUUGUUUUUACUUGAAUGUUUGAAAGGAAACAAAGUGCUGUAUUGAUCUGGGGGAUUUUACAGACAUCAGUUGCAGCUAACAUGAACAGAUGCAAACUUCAGUUUCAGUUUAUCUCAUGCCUCAUCAGCCUACUAAAUAUUCAGAAUGUUACCUUACAAAGGAUUAAUGAUCUCAUCUGGACUCACAGAAUUAAUCAGCUGAAAAACUUUUCCCUGCAUGUCUGUUGAUUUUAUUUUUUUUACAUAGUCCUCUUGCCUCUCAGGCAUCAGAAGGUUUUACAAAUGCAGACAGGAUGAUGUCUGAUAUGCACAGUUCUGUAAAUUGAUAAAACAUGCAUUGUUAUAGCAUUUCUCCAUCCAAAUGGCAGUAAGUAUUUGGCUCAUUUAAAGAGUACACGAAGAGAGCUGAACGGAGCUGCAACAACGAGUUGAUCAACAGAAAAUCAAGUAACAAGUAUUUUAAUGAGCGAUUAAUUGAGUCAGUCAUUCUCAAAGCAAAAGUGCAGAUUAUCUGGUUCCAGCUUGUCACAUGUCAUGGUUUUUGUUUGUCUUGGUUAAACAUGACUGGAAAUCCAAUAUCUUAAGGUUUUAGAUAUCACCUGUGAAAGGGUGAAGGCCAUUUAACGUCUCACAGCUCUUAAUACUGGCAAAUAAUGUUUGAAUAAUGACAGGAAGAAGCAAGAGUUUUCUCAGGUGUUAGUGAACUCCUCACUCUCAAGUUCGUGAGAUGGACGAAAAAAAAUUCAAGGUAACUAAAUGUUCACUGGCACUAAUCAACUUCAGCAUGUUUCAAGUCAGUUUUAAUAGAACACUUUAACUGGUGGGUUCCUAGAAGACGGAUAAAAUAUGAAACAUGGAACGAACAUAACUUACUUACAGUAAAUCAAGUGCCCCUCUGUGUGUUUAAGUAGUCAUGAUGUUUCCGUAGAGUUAAACGUGAAAAUGUAGACCUGCCUUAAUUUCACCGUUUACCCUCCGUCGUUUGACUCCACAAACCUCAAAGUUCAUCUGCCAACACAACGUCAGUCCGACAAACUGCAGCAAUUUCAACUGUUACCAAACUUCUCAUCAGACUGCAUCAUGUACAUACUUAAUUUGUUGUUUUUUAUAUGAAAAAGGCUUGUGUUUUUGGGCUUUGUGGUAUUUGUUUAUUUUUAUUUGAAAAUAAAAACCAUGUUAAAAUAUUUAAUUCUCUCCAUACAGCAAUACUGAAUGUAUGACUACGUUAUAGCUGCUUAAGACCAGCAGGAUUCACCACACGUAUGUAGCCUAGCUUAGCACAAAGGCAAAGCUGUGCAUUCAUUGUACAGUCCACCUCCUGAAUUAUCUACAUUAGCUCAGUGCUGGCUUAGCAGCACAGCUAGCUUGGAGACCAACUGCAGCAGACUACGUAGCAUAGGCCUGUUGCCAUCUAGUUAGCAGUUAG